AUGAGCCACAAGGUUCCUCCACAGGCCAGAGCCUCAGAUUUGGAGGUCAUUUCAGCUCAAGUGGACGACGAUGCGCAGCGCCUGGGUCCUGUGCCACUGGUCGGCUUUUACAGAGACCUGCCUCUGGACAUGUCCCUCGCUGGCUCUCAGCUCAUCUCCAACCCAGACGAGGACGACAACCAGGACGGGUCGGACUGGCUGAAGCCGUGCUGUGGGCGCCGGGCCGCCCUGUGGCAGGUGUGCCUCCUGUCUGCGGGCUUUAACUGUUUCCUGGUGUUGUGUGUGGUGGUGGUGGUGCUUCUGCUCACGCUGGAGCUGCUCAUAGACACCAUGCUCCUUCAGUUUAAUAACGCCGUGCAGUUCGCCUGCAUCAUCCACUGGAUCAGUCUGGUCAUCCUCUCGCUCUUCUUCACCGAGACAGUUUUCCGGAUCGUUGUGCUGGGAAUAUGGGACUACAUCGAGAACAAAGUGGAGGUGUUCGAUGGAGCUGUCAUUGUCCUGUCCUUGGCGCCCAUGGUCGCCUCCACGGUGGCGAACGGCCCCAGCAGUCCGUGGGACGCCAUCGGCCUCAUAGUGACCUUACGCAUUUGGAGAGUCAAGAGUAUCAUUGACGCUUAUGUCCUGCAGGUGAAGGUGGAGCUGGAGAUGGAGAUUCAACAGUUUGAAAAGGCCAAAGCCAUUCGAGAGGAGCAGCUGGAGAGACUCACUCACAUCUGUCAGGAGCAGGCCUUUGAGAUCCGGCAGCUGAGGGCACACCUGGCGCAGCAGGACCUGGAUCUGUCGGCAGAGCGGGAGGUGGCUCUGCAGAUGCACCGUCUGUGGGGGAAACGCAACAGCAGCUUUCACGAAGUGGACGGUCUGGAGCAGAGGGGCUCGAACAGGACUCGGGAGGCGGGGGAGGCCACAGAGUACACCAGUGCUCUCAAAGACAAGGAGAAAGACGUGAGGAAAUGGAAGGAGGAGCUGUUGGAGCAACGUCGGAAAAUGAUGGAAGAAAAGCUGCUUCAUGCGGAGUUGAAGAGAGAGGUGCAGCUACAAGCUAUUGUCAAAAAGGCCCAAGAAGAGGAAGCAAAGGUGAAUGAAAUAGCCUUCAUCAACACUCUCGAGGCUCAGAACAAGAGGCACGACGCUUUGGCCAAACUGAACGAGUACGAACAGCGGCUGAACGAGCUCCAAGAAGAACGACAGAGGAGACAGGAGGAGAAACAGGCCCGCGACGAGGCCGUGCAGGAGAGAAAGCGUGUCCUGGAGGCGGAGCGGCAGGCGCGUGUCGAGGAGCUGCUCACCAAGAGGAAGGAGCAGGAGGCGCGCAUAGAACUGCAGCGGCAGGAGAAGGAGAGGGCCAGAGAGGACGCAGCCAGAGAGAGAGCCAGAGAUCGAGAGGAACGUCUGGCAGCUCUCAGUGCGGCUCAACAGGAGGCCAUGGAGGAGCUGCAGAAGAAGAUUCAGAUGAAGCACGAUGAAAGCAGCAGAAGACACAUGGAGCAGAUCGAGCAGAGGAAAGAGAAGGCCGCAGAGCUGAGCAGCGGACGCCACGCCAACACCGACUACGCUCCCAAACUCACUCCUUACGAACGCAAAAAGCACUGCUCCCUCUGCUCUGUGCUGAUCACAUCCGAGGUGCACCUGAUCAGCCACACCAAAGGCAAGCAGCACCAGCAGGCGGUGCGGGACAGCAGCAGCAUUCAGGGGCGAGAGCUGUCUGACGAAGAAGUGGAGCAUCUAUCUUUAAAAAAGUACAUUGUGGACAUAGUGACUGACAGCUCCGUGUCGUCUGAGAGCCCAAAGGACACCGAGGAGCGGCAGAAGGCUCGUAAGAGGGCCAAGAAACUGCGCACGCGAAUGAACUCCAGGGCCAAGGAAUACGAGACGUUACAGGAGGCAAAGGCAAAGGCACAGGUCCCUGACUCUCCUUACAAGGCAAAGCUGCAGCGGUUGGUCCGGGACCUCCUGAAGCAGCUGCAGGUUCAGGACAGCGGGCCGUGGUGCAGCAGCCGAGUGUCCGCCCUCGAUCGGACUCUUGGAGAGAUCUCCCGCAUUUUAGAGAAGCAGAACAACGCGGACCAAGUGGCUUUCCAGGUGAGCGGGGGUCUGGCGGCGCUGGCGCAGAUCCUGCAGGUCUUCAGUGCUGCGUCCACUCCCAACGCAGUCCCCCGUAUUCCUGUCAAGUCUCUGUGUGCUGCUGUGAACACCUUCUUCCUGUCCUGUGCCUCCUGUGCCUCCAACUGCUCCUAUGUCCUGUUCAGCAACAAGAUCGCCCUCCUCAUGGACCUGCUCCUGCACCAGCUCACGCUCUAUGUCCCCGAUGAGGAUAAGUCCAUAUUUGGGCGCAGCGUGAACAAACUGGUCUUUGAGGGGUUGACCACAGGCCUUCUGCAAACUCUUUCUUCCAUCCUCUCGUCUCUAUGGCCACCUCUAAAUGACAGCGGAGAGAGAAUUUCCUCCCCGGACGCCAAGAUGAAAGGCUCUGCUCCGGAUCCGUUCUUCACCCGCACCCAGGACCUCAUCAGCUACGUUGUCAAUGUGGGUUUAGUGGACAAACUGUACGGCGUCUUUUUGUCGAUCCAAAGUCCCGUCGACGAUUGUCCUAAAAUGUCCUCGUUCCUUCGAGAGGCGUCCGCGCUGCUCCACAACAUCUGUAGACUGUGCUACGUGGUGACGGGACGUGCUCCCAGUAUCUUUGACAACAAGCGUCAGGACCCGACUGGUCUGAGCAGUCUGCUGCAGAGGACUGACCUGGUGGGCGUGGUCCACACCCUCUACUCAAUCCUCCUGCACGCUUUCCCGGAGUCUUCUUCCCACUGCCAGGAGCCCUACAGCUCUGGGGUCAUCCAGGUGGCCUUGAAUGGCAUCCGCUUCCUCAACAGCUUUGCUCUCCUCGAUCUGCCAGCCUUCCAAUCUGUUCUAGGCGCUGAGGGCUUGUCUCUGGCGUUCCGACACGUGGUCAGCUCCCUGCUGUGGUACUGCAGUCAGCACUCGUCCCAGUCGCUGCUGCACGAGGUCAUCAUCUGCGUGGGAUACUUCACCGUCAAUCAUCCCGACAACCAGGGCAUCAUGCAGUCGGGUCGGCAGCCCAGCGUCCUGCAGAAGCUCUGUCUGCUGCCUUUCCAGUACUUCAGUCACCCCGGCCUGAUCCGCGUGCUCUUCCCCUCUCUGAUCUCUGCCACCUACAACAACCUCCACAACAAGGUCAUCCUGCAGCAGGAGUUGAGCUGUGUGCUGCUGGCUACUUUCAUACAGGACUGUGCUUCCAUUGAGAAAGAGUGCGACAGUAAGACCAAGCAGACGGUUUCUCCGAUGCCAGACUACAGAGAGCUGUCUCUUCGAUUUCCCAGAGACCAAUGGGACUCUGCACUCAAGUUCUUUCUGCAGAAUUAG